GAGAUCAGAGAGAAAGUCAAAUGCCUGCUUCAGGAUGCUGACGAACUGUACAAGCAAUCGUGUUUCCAUAGCGACGGUAUCACGCAAUGGGCGACAGCAGUCGACAAAAGAUUUAAGGAUUUCACGAGUCGAAUGACGAAGUACCUGAAUCAACUCGAGGCAAAGUUGGGAUUCCCGAUUACAAAAUACAGCGAGGUAAGGAGACGAAUCGCACCAUGUGGUGGAAAUGCUGGGGUGGGGUGGGUGAAAAAAAAUUUGGGGAGGUGCAAAACGCGAUCUCAUGGGAGGCGCGCCCCUCCCACCCACGUGUGCUACGAUCUCAGGGGAGGUGCGCCCCUCCCCCACGCGUGCGCUACGAUCUCAGGGGAGGUGCGUUCCUCCCAAACGCGUGCGCUACGAUCUCAGGGGAGGUGCACCCCUCCCCCACGCGUGCGCUACGACCUCAGGGGAGGCGCGCCCCACCACGCACGUGCACUUCCCUUCGAAAUCCAACCAUGCUUUGAAGAAACUUCCGGACAAUUUGGAAAUCAAAAACAACUUCGAUUUAAAUUGAGCGAUUUUUUAAUCAAAUUAUUUGUAAUCCUUACAAUCCUAACCCUAAUCUAAUCCAAUCUCUAAUGAUGCUAAAUUUUCACCAAAUUUUUUUUGGACUUAGUAUGGAAAUUAAUACGGAAAAGAAACCCGGAAUUUUUAUUCAAAUGCUUCCGUGAUAAGAUUGAACAUUCUGGAAGAUCAAUACACAUUCUCACACCUACAAAACCGACAGGGAGGCCAAAAGUCGAUAUCUCACUUUUUAGUAUAGUCUAAUAAACCCAGGCGAACACACCAAUAUCUUGACUUAGGUGCAUGUUAUACGAUAGGGAAUGACCAGUGUCGUGAUUCCUAGGAUCAUUUACUUUCUGCACAUUUCCGCACAACACUGUUUACCAUUCACUGAAAUCGUAACGUGUGAGUUGAAUGAAAUGGAAAGUAAUUAUACAGGAAACAAAGAGUCCUUUAAAUUUAAACCACUAACCCCAGUAUCCGGAAUUUCUUUUUAUAACAGCUUCAUUAUAUAACCAAAAUUUUCUGUGUGAUAUUUGUGCUUAUGUUGAUCUCGUCGAUUGAAUGUGAACUGUUACUCAAUGGUAUAAGUUUGUUUUUCAAACCUAUGGCUCCAGUACAAGUAAAGUAUCAUAUAUAAUAAGCUAUCGUGGUUUGUGUCUGACUACCUGAAAAAUAAGAUUACUAACACAUCGAAGUCGACCCUACAGUAUAGGCUAUGCAGGAGGUUUAUAAUAAACUCACUUCCUGACCAAGGGCCGUCGCUCGAAACUUCGAAAUUUUCUUAAUCUUUUUCAGGUAUUUCAAACACAAACCACGACAGCUUGUACACUAUAACUUUGACCCGUAAGCGGACAAGCUGAAUAAUUGCUUGCCCGCGUAGGGAAUUGAACCUCUGACUGUAGUAUACAACGCUCUGCCAACUUAACCGACAUUGAACUGACAUGACUUCGUAGCUCAGCUGGUAGAGCAUUGACUAGCAUUGGACUAGGGCGAAUUGAACCUGUGACUUUAGUUUGCUAGUACAAUGAAUGCCCCGCCAACUGAACCGACAUUCAACCGACAUGACUUCGUAGCUCAGUUGGUAGAGCAUUGACUAGCAUUGAACUAUGAGGGAAUUGAACCCGUGACUUUAAUUUGCUAGUAUACAAUUCUCUGCCGACAUUGAACAGACAUGACUGCAUAGCUCAGUUGGUAGAGCAUUGACUAGCAUUGGACUAGCAAAUCAAAGGCCGAAGAUUUUCAACGUGUCAGUGUUAUCUAGUAUAAUGUAUAUAUUAUAUUCAUGGGCUGUAUAAUUUUGUUCCUGUUUAUAGAAUGACGAAGAGAUGCCUGACGUCUCAGUGUUAUCCCAAGCCCAGCAACAUCCGCAGAGUCUUGCCAUACGAGAGAAAACCCUGAACCUGCGAGAACUCUCUAAGGACAGCGGUAUUCAUGAACUCAUGGAAGAAGAGAAGCGGAAAUCAGCACGAAGGAAAGAGUAAGUCAUUAAGUUCCUUUAAAGUUUAUAUGGCGAUAAUUAAAAAAGCUCAAAAUAUGAAAACCAUAUGGCCUGCCAAACAAUUUUUUUUGGCAGGUGAGCCGAAGGUCAGAUUAUGGUUUGCUAUUUUUAUUUUUGGACUGCCAAAAUGGUUUCACGCGAGCAUGACGUUACGGCAAACCGCUAACAAAAAAUGUCAAACUGCAAAUCGAUUGUGUCCUCAACCGCAGGACGCCAUUUUUUUUAAUAGAAUUUCGCCUGCCAUUUUAUUUUUAACUUGGCAGGUCAACGUUUUUUCCGCCUCCCAUUUCUAAAAUUUGGCCUGCCUGCCGUUGGCCAUCAGUAUUGGCCAUUGGCAGUUCGCCAUUUCGAGCCCUGGUGAUAAGCAAUAUAUCUCUUGGCUUGCGGGAAACGUAUAUUUAUUAUUGCAAAGCUGAUAUUCUAUCAGUAUAUAAAGGGACAUGUGAAUAUCUGUUUCAUGAUGAAUAUCCGUUUCUUUGCAACAAUAAAUAUACGUAGUGUUUCUCACAAGAUAUGAGCAUAGGUCAUUGUUUUUAUUUCUAUUGUAAAAACUAUAAGCUAACUUUAUUUAUGUUGGAUAGCUCUAUCAGUUCUAAACUGUUCUUUCUACAGAGGUCCAGUAAGAGCCAUCAUUGUCUCAUGCGUUACUGAACUGCAUGAGGAAACUGGAGUACUGGGAGGAAACCUAAUGAGGUUCUUAGUCUUUCCGUAUAUAUCAUCCUGUUACAAAUAGUCAUCGUCUGUCAACACUCCGACUAUUGUUCUAUGAUCAUUAAUCAUAUGUCUAUUAUUAGCUGUUUAAGUGUUUGGGGUGCAAACUAACAACAACUUGUCGUAAACAAAACUGAAAUGAUGACAAACUUGUUAAAACUUAUAUGUAUAGUAACACAUUUUUUGUUGUUACGUGUAUCAAGCUUGUUACAAACUUGUUUUCACGCAUUGGGUUUUUACAAUGAACGUAUCGUCAUUGUCACAGAACCUGAAUUCAAUUCUUAAUUAAAAGACCUGUCCCUCGUACCAAUUUGGCUUGUAGUAAAGUAACUUAGCCACAGUGUUGAAAAAGGAAGAGGAAAUAUCUUGCAGAUUUAAUGAUGUUUUCGCUCAUUGUCGGCCAAUUUACUAGCGUAAUAUCGAAAGUCAUUAUUUCCUCAAGUCAUGCCGAGUUUCAAGUGCCAUUACUUCUGUCCGUUUUCCUGGUGACGAAAUGUUAUAUAUAAACUUUUUAGCGUUUAAGAAGGUAUUUUUAGUAUUUCUGUACGAACACGGGAAAAAAAUUGACUUAGCUCUGCUCACAUGCACUAGUUCUGGACUACAUCAAGUCACUUUAGUAUACAGUAACUCGUAUUCAAGAACAUAUACUACGUCUACGUGAUCUUACUGUACCUUGCUUAAUUCAAUAGUGCGGGAAAUUUCAGUGAACAAAACUCGAUGUCAAGGAUAAGAGUAAUUAUAACAUUUCGAAAAUCAAUAUUUUUGUAAAGUAAAGCCAUAGGUACUUGAGUGCAAGUCGCAAAGCUUUCUAAGUGCACUUCCUCAAAGUGUGUCUUUGUCUCUCUGUGUGUAGGUAAAACAUAUAGUGAGCACAAAAUAUACUUUGAGAAAGUCUUGUCCAUAAGCUGAACGUGCAAUGUUAUUCUUUAGGUUUAUAAUGAACGAGCUACUUCACACAGAAAGAACGUAUGUCUCCGACUUGAAAUGUAUUAUUCAGGUGAGAAAAUCUCGUAAUCUUACUUCCUUACUAAAUCUCGUAUCUUACUUCCUUACUAAAUCUCGUAUCUUACUUGCAAACGAGUAGAAGUACAGGGGGGGGGGGUUAAGGAGUUAGGCAUGGAGUACGGCACGGGGUGACCAUCGGCCAAAGUAUUAAAAAAAGCAUCAUCAUUAAAGGGUAUGGGCAAUGAAAAUUUCUUCAUCUAUCUUAUUGCUUCAUCUGAAAGAGCAUGAAAAAAUAUGCCGAUUGGCCGUUUACAAUAAGCCGAUUGGCCGUAUUCUAUCUCAUCUGGUUCCGAAGUUAUAAGCAAAAAUGUGCAAAAUAUAAAUUGCUGAUUCAGCACAAUGUGUGACGUCAUAAGCGGGGUAAGUAUGUUUAUUGAAUACUACACUGAAGCAUAGCUCAGUUAUUAUGGGCCCAAAUCAAGUGAAAUUUUGGAUACUGAUUGUACAUGAUGAGACGCAUGGAAAAACACUUCUAAUUUUGUUGCCAAGGUAACAAUGUCGUUCCCAGGACCCUUGCGCCAAUUUUAUAAAACAGCUUUAUUCAAGGUACUGAUAAAAAUAAAAUAAUAUCAGAAGUAUGUGUACGAUACCUAUGCAUGCCGAAAGUUUACUUGCAUGAUAAUAAUUCGAAAAUGACAUACACAUAGAGAAAUGCAACUAGUUAUUCAAAAUCAGUGUAAGGGGCCUGGGAACGACUGUGUUGCCUUGACAACGAAAUUAGAAGUGUUUUCCCAUGCGUCUCAUCAUGUACUAUCUGUAUGCAAAAUUUCAUUUUAUUUGAGCCAAUAAUCACUCAGCUAUGCUUUAGUUUACUAUUCAAUAAACAGACUUACCCCGCUUAUGACGUCACACAUUGUGCUGAAUCAGCAAUUUAUAUUUUGCACAUUUUUGCUUAUAACUUCGGAACCAGAUGAGAUAGAAUAGAGCAGUAAACGGCCAAUCGGCUUAUUUUUUCAUGCUCUUUCAGAUGAAGCAAUAAGAUAGAUGAAGAAAUUUUCAUUGCCCAUACCCUUUAAAGGAGCUAUGGCAGUGUUCUAUGGGGAAUCACAAGGGGGGGGGCAACCUUGGGGCGCUUUCCAUUUACUGGUCAGAUCCGAAUUCUUUUCUCUGCAUCAAUGGAAAAAUCUGGUCUAUAUGUUUCUCAGAUAUCUAGCGAAAAUGAACCUCAUUCAGAUGUUAUCUAAAUUUUCUGGUCAGAUAGGUCCGAAGCCUAAAUGUUUUGUGUUCCAUUCAACAAUUUGACCGUUCUAACCGGUCUGGCCGUGUUAAUGGAAAGCGCCCUUGUAUUAGGGAUUUGGGGAUCUUCGUUUCUAAGCAUGAGCUAUCUUUUCCAACCUCGGUGUUCGCUCCGAUUUUGUAACGGGAAUUUAAUAUGUUGUUUUCGUCGUGUUCCAGAACUAUAUGGAAGUCAUGGAUGGCAACGCAAAUGUUCCUCCUGGUCUUGUUGGUAAGGAAGAUGUCAUCUUUGGUAAUAUCAAGGAAAUUUCCGAAUUUCAUCAAAGGUUAGAAAAUCUAUCUUAUAUAAGACCAGUAGAGCUUGCAUAUAAGAUGUCAUCGAAGAUGUCGUCUUUGGUAAUAUCAAGGAAAUUUCCGAAUUUCAUCAAAGUUAGAAAAUCUAUCUUAUAUAAGACCAGCAUAUAGCUUGCAUAAAAUGAUAUAGACAGGAUCAUAAACACGAAAUAUUAAUGUAGUGAAAUAUUACACAGUGAUAAACGCUAAAUGCAAGAAAAUGUAAGGUCGUUUCUUUUUUCUCGUUACAUAUAAUUAUUUCAAUAUUUAGUAAUUUGGCUCAAUCCAUUCUUAUUCGAAUAUCUGUCUUUGCCCUAGUACAUACACAUGUGUUAUUUAAUCUAGCUGAAAUCAACGAGGCAAUGUAUACAAGCCUUAUGGUUUCUAUUUGGGCUUCCUCACCAGGCACAAUUAUUUUUGUAUAUAUAUUUAUAAUUUUUGGUUUUUGUAAUUUUUUUUGUGGUGAAUCAAAUCAAAUUAUUAUUAUAAUUGUGUAUUUUCAGCGUAUUUCUAAAUGCUUUGGAGAAAUACGAGACUCAUCCCGAGGACGUUGGUGAAUGUUUUGUUGAAAAUGCGGAAGAGUUCAAGAAGUACGUGUUCUACUGCAAGAACAAAACUUUAUCCAACGACUUGCUCAUUGAACAUGGCGGGACAUUUUUCUCGGUAAGUUAUGACGUAAUACUCCUAAUGUUCUGCCAAAACGUUUCACGUGAUCAUAAACAAUGCUGGUGCCUGUGACUAUUCGAUCUUAGAUGGAUGCAAUGGCGAAGGAGAUUGUUCUAUUCGUAAGCGUUGUUUACACCAUCAAAGUUUCUGUGAUCACAGCAUGAAUUUUGCAUAGGCAAAGUCUAAGUUUUGAAUGAUUUGUAAGAUAUGUUGGAGGGAACUGAUUUAGUUUUACAAAGGGAGUCAUUUCCUUCAAAAAUUUCUUACAAAUCUUUCAAAACUUAGAAUUUACCUAUGCAAAAUUCCUACUGUGAUCACAGAAACUUUGAUACAGUAUAAACCAGCCUUUAUGAUUUCAAAACUGAAAUUUUAACCUAAGCCGUUUGCAUUUUCCCUCCAGGAUCUGCAAGCUUCGUACAAUCAUGGGCUCUCCAUAGCUGCUUACCUCAUCAAACCUGUUCAAAGAAUAACCAAGUAUCAACUUUUACUCAAGGUUUGUGAAAUAAUUUAUUUAUUUGUCCACAGUGGGAAGGCUAAGGCUACAGUGGGGAAGAUGUUAAGAAGUACCUGUACAGAAAGUAGACGAUCGAGUGAAAGAAUGAAAGCGGGCGAGGGAGGGGGGUAGGAACGAGGCAUGAAAAGAAAUGUAUUAUAAGAAGGAAAAGGAAGAAAGAAUAAAUAUAUGGAAAGAUAAUAUACGUUUGCAGUUCAGGUCUAAAAUUUAAUAAUUUUUGCUUUCAGGAUUUGUUGACGUGUUGUGAAGGUUCAGAGACAAGUCUUCAGGUACUGAUAUGUUUGGUGUAUAAAAACCUGGAGUACACUCUGGUUUAUGUGACACUAAAGCUAAACGUUUCAAUCUUCAUUCACAGGCUGGCCUGGAGGUCAUGUUGGGCGUUCCUCGACAAGCCAAUGAUGAAAUGUCAAUCGGUCAUAUUCGAGGAUUUGAUGUAAGCGUGCAGUGACUUUCUUCCGGGAUUUCUCAUUCAGAAUCUUAGUCUUUUAAAUACUUGUUAACAUUUUCUAUUAUUCUACCAAUUUUAGGAAAAUUUGCACUUUUUAGGAAGAAUUCUGCUACAGGUACGAUUAACUAUUUCAAAGUUGAAGGAUGGGACCCAAAUUUUAAAACUCCCCCUCUAUAGUUUUAGUUGUCACUUUAAAAGAUAAAUUUCUCGAAUAAGGAGUUUAUCUCAAUCGUAAAAAUGACAAUAGACCUUUCCCCUUUUAAGUGAAAUUUUGAUUUAGACAAGUCUGGACAAAAAUUUCAUCACAGCUUGAAAGAGCAUCGCAAAGUUUCGUUGCAAAAUGUUGUAAAAUGCGGAUAAUAUAGCCUUGCGAAGUUUGCCGUUUUUCACUCAUUUUGCAUUACAAACGGGAAUUUGAUAAUCAGAUGAUCAAACUGAUUAUCAAUUUCCCAUUUGUAAUAGAAAAUGACUGAAAAACGGCAAACUUCGCAAGGCUAUAUUAUCCGCAUUUUACAACACUUCGCAACGAAACUUCGGAAUAUUACUAAUUUCGUGAUGCUCUUUCAAGCUAUGAUAAAAUGUUUGUCAAGGCUAGUCUAGACCAAAAUUUCACUUAAAAGGGGAAAGGUCUAUUGUCUUUGGGCUUGUAUUCCGCUAGGAAAUAUAUAAAAGUGCACUUCCUUUGCCAUUCAAAUGAUUUUACAAACCAUAAUUUUGCCAAGCAUCGGUUGUUUUAACAAUUAUUGUAAAGCUUAUCUUCUAAUUUUUGCAAACCUCUAAACUUACUAGGAUGUAUUCUUCAUGUGGGAUGCAAAGUUGUUGAGACGGAAAGGCAAGGAAAGGCAUUUAUUUUUGUUUCAACAAGCUCUUCUUGUUACGAAAGAAGUCAAAGACGUCGAUGGAAAAGUUGUCUACUUGUACAAAUAUAAACUGAAGGUAUGUAACUCAAAAUACAAAUCAUAUAAGUGUAAUGUACAGUAUUUUUCUUUAAUAUUUCUAUUUUUCGUUGGUUUGUCUUAAAUUUAUAGUGCCCAGAGCUGGGUGUGACGGAACAUAUUGCAGAAGACGGAUGUAAAUUUGCGAUAUGGACGGGACUUCCUCCGAAUAAUGAUGACAGGAAAAUAGUCAAGGUACUGAACGAGUAAACUUCAAAUCUUAAAUUACCUUCCACGCUAAAAAAAUAUUGUAGUCCUUAUUUUUAUGAAAAAUAUGUAAAUUUUUUCACAAGCUGUCGACAAGUUGUGUUCCAACUGCUUGUUCCCAGUUGUUGGAACAAGUUUGGAACAAGCUGUUAACAACCUGAAACAAGCUUGAUGGCAUUAUCAGACUUGUUACAAAGUUGUUGCAACAAGUCUGAUACAGUCAUGAUAUGACAAGAAUGUUACAAGGUUGACGACACAAGAUUGUAACAAUAGUGUUGUGUCAUGACUGUAUCGGACUUGUUGGCAUUAUCAGACUUGUUAUAAAGUUGUUCUAACAAGUCUGAUACAGUCGUGAUAUAGCAAGAAUGUUACAAGGUUGACAUCACAAGGUUGUAACAAUAUUGUUAUAUCAUGAUUGUAUCGGACUUGUUGGCAUUAUCAGACUUGUUAUAAAGUUGUUCUAACAAGUCUGAUACAGUCAUGGUAUAACAAGAAUGUUACAAGGUUGACGUCACAAGGUUGUAACAAUAUUGUUUAGUUAUAUCAUGAUUGUAUCGGACUUGUUGGAACAACCUUGGAACAAGUCUGAUAAUAUCAACAAGCAGUUGACAAGUUGUUCCAUACUUGUUGACAACUUGGGGCAAGCAGUGCGAACACAACUUGUUGACGGUCUGUUAGCAGACUUGUUAUAAGAUGUGAGAUUUUUGAUCGGAAUACUUUCCUUAUUACACCUCAGGCUAAUUCAUUGGACGUGAAACAAAACUGGGUAAAACAAUUGCGAAGUCUCCAACAACAAUUCCAAUUUGGUGUCUUGCGUAGCAGAAGUAAGUUUUCUUUUUUAUUUUGAAGACAAAUAUUGUAAUCUAAAAUAUUACACCAAUAUUUAACAACCACCAACAUUUGCCCUCGACAAAUAAUUAAGAUCGUUGUUAAUGAUAUUUUGUUCUAUUUUAUUCUUUUAGCAAUGUCAACGUGUUCAAGAAGUGCCUGGAAAAAUCCUGAUAGGUAUUGGAUAUUUUCUUUUUUAGUUUAAUCACAUUGGCAUUGUUUAAUCUCAUGCAUUGAUCUAGAGUAUACAGUAUCGUAUACCAAUGUCCUGAAAAAGUCCGUGAAUAGCAUUUCUGUGAAUUUCGUUACAAGAACAACAGGCCAAGGGCCCAAGAGAAAAAAAUUAUUAAAUAAUAAAAAAUAAAAAAUAUUAAAACUCAGUUUCUCAAUUUUCAUUUUGAAGUCCAUGAAUAACUUUAAGUUUUGUAACCAAUCAAAUUUCAAAAUUUGCGUCACAUGUAUGUCCUUGCAAACCUAAUAUGGUUCACUAAUGAAAAUGCCGUUUAUUUACAAACCACCAGUGGUUGUAUAAAUUCUUCUGAUUCAAUCAUGAGCGCUUUAUUCAGAAUUGAUUCAGUUCACACGUUGUAACCGAAUUAACCAACAUAGCGGCGGAUUACGUAAUUUCCCACGUUUAGUGACGUCAUAGGUUAAAUUAAGAAUUGCAGUCAGUGCUUCCACGUUAAAAUUUUCAAUAUCCAUAUAUGACAGCUAAAAUUUCCAUAUAUUUAACAAAAAUUCCAUAAAUCACCAAUGCUAUCCCAAAAUAUCGCACUUUAUCCCACACAUGUUUCAACUAUAUGGCUCAGCGUUUGAAAUUUGGGUCCUCAGAAGGGCUUGGGGUGAAUUUUAUACUUGGCCUAAGAAAGGAUAAGAUUGAUAAGAACAUGAUAAGAACAUGUAGAGCACAGUUGUAGACAAAUCUAGGUCCAUAUUAUGUGCAAUAGUAUAUGUAACUUUUUUUAUUAAAAAUUGGAUUAACUGGACAAUUUCCUGACUACCACUAAUUGACUUCCGCAUUUUCUUUACUCUUCAAGAAAUUACUUCCUUUAAAAUUCCUUCGUUCUAAACAAAGACGAAGGACUUUGCGGAAGUCUAUUGGACAAUUUACAAUAUUAUCUGAGUACUGAAAUUUCCAUAGAAUUUCCAUCAUUUUUCCAGGGCCACAAAAAAGUUCCAAUUCACUUCCAAAAUUCCAUAACAUAUGGAAAUUUCCAUAAAAGUGGAGUAUCCUAUACUCCGGGGGGGAGGGGGGGGAGUGACGUUCUUUCCAACAAUCCAUGUCAUUGCGAACGCGACGGUAUAGGCUGUGUUGAUUACAUUGUCUAUCACUCAGUUAUACUCUGUCUAUAGCCAGCAUAGCGGACGGUUUUUAAGGGGUUGGGUUUGAAGCAGAUUGUCUGUUUGUAUUGAAAUCUCUGCGGAGACAUGCACAAGCUAACGUAUAAAGAUAUCUUGAACGCGUUCUUAUGUCAUUGCAGAGAGAGCGGUGUAAUCGACGAUGACAGAGUUUCGUGGGACUUUGAGUAUGGAGAUAAGGUGAGUUUUUAUUUUCUUUUUAUUUUGGUUGGUUUCAUGGUCCACGAUACCGGAUUCGCUUGUCACAUCAUCGAAUCUGACCGUCUCAAGAACAACCGUCUCAGUGACAAAAUACGACGAAAAUUGUCAAGGGGAAAGUUUUAUGAGAGCACAUCAUUCCUGAGCGGUAUAUUUUCAUGUCGUACUUGUAUCGAGCAAAGAGAAUUCUGUAUUGUGGUAGCUUACAUGGGAACGUAAUAUAUGCACAUUUGUUUUGCGAUCAUACAUCGUUGUUGCAACCAACGCGAAUUAUGCAAAUAAAGUAAAGUUGCGGGCUGUUCGUGUCAUCCCUUAAAUCUUGAAUAUUGCUAGCGACGCUGGUUGCCAUCAAUUUACAUUUUGGAGAACUCGCAUGACUAGUCACUAAGACUGGGAACAUAGAAUGGACAAAGGUAACCAAACUGAUUAGGCCUAUAUUAUACAGUCAUGUAGCCAAAUAAUUCAACUAUACUAAAGCAUUCAUUUAUAGCACCAGAAUUUGAAGGGCAUGUAUAGCUCAGAAUGAUUGACUCAUCGGGCUAACUGAUGAGUGUUGUCUACUGUUUAACUGUAAUAAAUACCUGACCAUGGCGUUAAGCAUGCAUCGUUUCUGUCUUCAAAUAAUUUAAAUGAAACGUAAAUUUAAUAUAGGGUAUACAGACCAUAGAUAUCUUAUAUACACUAGAUGGUGCAUCUAAUUAUUCUGAAAUUCAAAAACUGAAGCCGUUAUUGCAGUCUCAGGUCGUUCCCAUAAAAUGAUUCGUAUGUUUUCUAUUUCUUAAACAGGGAACUUUAAACAUUAAGUUAACCCUAUUCCAAAUACGUUUUUAAACUAUUCAAAUGAUGAAAGUUAUUGUUGUUUUUAAGCGUUUAUUAGCAAGUGGGAACGACCAACAUGGCCGCCAUCUAUUCAAAUGGGGUAACCGCUGGAAUAUUCUUGGCUUCAAUUUUACUAAAAGAAAUGCGCUAUCUAGUGUAUAUAAGAUAUCUAUGAUAUAGACUCAGUUCUCGAUUUGCUAAACAAAACACUGCGUUGGCCUAUUCAUCAGUCAUUAUUUCGGCUCAUCUUUUAACGAUUGUGUUUUGUAUACAUACAUAAUGCAUUUAUCAGCAUGAUACUUGUAAACAAAUUGAUAUUAUAACCACAUAAACUGAAGUUAAUGUUGAUUAAAUAAGUUUGAUAGCAUGUUGGCAAUUCGCAAUUAGAAGUUAGAUCCUAAUUCGUUUUGCUUUUAACCCUUGUAUGAAUUUGCUAUUGUAAUGAUGACAAUUGAAAACAGCUUUCUGGUUAUGACACAAUUUGUCGGUAAAAUAGAGAUCAAUUGGAGCUUUUUGCAAUGCUAAUUAAGUUAUUAAUUUGGACCCCGAUGUCAGAACAAUUAUUGCAAAGAGUUAUACCUCAAAUUCCGCCACAAUCUCAUAUGAAGGUUGCUUCAUCCGGUUUCAGUAAUAGCAUCGGCCCUAUAAGCGCCUCGGUAGGAUUUCUAGGGAGGGCUGUUUACACAAAACGGAUAGAGAUAAAUGUAGUUUCGUUUGGUUGAAAAGGGCAUAUUUAUUUAUUGAUACUUAUCAUAGUAGAAAUACCUAUGGCUAAUGGUGUCAAUUCAUGGGACGAAUGGAAACCAUAAUAAUUUUGUAUUAGUAGAAUAAAUAUUCCUUCAUAGUUGAGACACAACCAGCCAAAUAUAUAAAUCUCGAUAUGAAUGUUUUGUGGGCAAAACAAAAGUCCCCAGUACAGUAUGCUGAUUGCCGGGUUCAUUCUGCGUGUGCGAGCCACAUCGAUUUAGAAACAAAUUUCCGCAAUUAGAGUGACAAUGGUAAAAAACAUGAAAGGGUUUAAACCUUUACCCCGUUGUAUUGGUUGCUACAAUAAAAUGUGUCAGACAUAAAUAGUUGAGGUUUCUUUCGUCUCAUUUAAUUUAAACGUGAGUCGAUGACAGAAUAGAACUGUUGCGGUAUCAUCACGGGGUCGAAAAAUGUCCAUGUUUGUCUAUAAUUGGUCAUGCUAUAGUUCCUCCUCUUAAAGUGGCGCGUGGACCCUGGGUACGAGGUUGGGUAAUAGCCCUUCGGAUCUAGUCACGGCAAUGUCAAGUUGUCAUGGAGAGAUUUUUGCUCACGACUUGAUGGAAAUAUAUUGUAAAAGUACACAAAAAAGCAAAUAUAUGUUUAAAUAAUCAGUCUGAAUGACAAUGCAAUAAAUCUGCAGUUUAACCGUAUGCUUUUAUGAUAACAGCUUGAUAUAUUAUUAUUACGAUCGCGAUAGAUAACCUUCGAUUCAACAUCUUGACUCUGUUUAGGCUACUGGCGUAGCUCAAUAACGAGUCUGCCAGCUUCUUUUGGAGGCUAACUUGGGUUGGACUAGUGUUUCUACCCUCUUGAAAUUGUGUGAUUAGCUAAUGGAUAUUAGCUUUUAAAAGUUGGGGGCUACCUUUGAGUGAGCUAGUGCAUUUAACUUCACGUAGCUAGAAACGAGCUAUAUCCUGCGAUUGACUCAACCAAUAUUAAAUAAUGGGUACUAGAUUUUGUUGGUGCGGUUCUCUUAUAGUGGACUCGUAUUUCUACCUUCUUGAGAUUACGUGAUUCGCUAAUGAGUACCUGUUUUAGGGGCAAACUUUAGGUGAGCUAGUGCUUUUGUUUCAUGGGGCUUUCUUGUAGUGGAGUAGAGCUUUUACCAUCUUGAAAUCGCGUGAUUCACUAUAAUGAGUACCAGCUUUUCUUGGGGGUACACGCUAAUGCUUUUAAAUUCACCUUGAAAUAGGCUAUAUCCUGUGAGAAUUCAACUAAUGAAUACCAGCUUUUUUUACGGUGAACUUUGGUGUUCCUUUUGACAGGCUAUAUCCUGUGUGCCAUUCAACUAAUAAGUAUUAAGUACCAGUUUUGUUCAUGGGGCUUUCUUAUAGUGGGCUAGUGUUCCAUUUAAAAGGCUAUAUCCUGUGUGCCAUUCAUCAAUGAAUACCAGUUUAUCAUGUGUACAAUUCACUAAUGAAUGCCAACUUUUGCUUCAUGGGGCUUUCUUGGAGCAGACAUGGGUUCUUGGCUUGAGCUUCAGACAGACUAUAUCCUAUGCGCUAUCAAUAUCCGCCAUGUGCAGUGAAAAUAGAUAUUAAUUGGAACACACCUAAUAUUAGAACACAGAACAGGAAAACUAUUACUGCCUUUUGAAAUUCCCGACAGUAGGUCGCUAUGUCCAGUCCGGGCAGGUCUAGCACACCUGUUUCAACAUGCUUUGUAAGUGUCUUGCGCGGCUUUCAGUCCACUUUGGUGCUCGCGGACCUACCAUUCAACUACAUGGGUGUCCAUACGACCUGUUCAAUUUGUCUUGAAUAGGUCGCUUGCCUGACAUGGAUGGAUGAGCAUUCUCGUUACCUCCUAACGGAAAUGUCGUUAUAAUUAAUUCAUCACAUGUUCCAACUGUGUACACAAGAUGUUUUUCGAAAGGGCGUGUUCGCAAUGAAGUUUCGCUGCAGAUCUCUUAUCUCUAAUUCGGACCAAUUAUGCGCAUUAAGCACGUAAUUGAAUUCUUCGGCUUUUUAAUUGACACGCCCUUGAGCCCAAGUGCAAAAAUGUUUUGCCGAACCCCGAGGCGCUGUAUUAUUUCCCUCUUUUAUACACGUCUUUCCCAGAUGUAUACAUUGUUCGAUGUAUAGAAGUGUCUGGUACUAGACAUGAAUUGAAAUAAAUAGAAUGAUUACAACUACGUUCUAACUUAUAUAAAAUACAUGAUAGUGUUGGGAAAGCAUUAAGAACAGCUAACCAAGGCUCGCUCUUAUGCACCAGCACUCAAAAUUAAUGUUGGUCCCCUCUCAUUAUACCCUUUAAAUAUUUCAUCUUAUUAAUCGAUAAAAUUGAUUUAACGAGAACGUUAGUUUGUACAAAUAGUACAAAGGUGGCUAUCGAAUUAUUGUUUUCUCGAUAAACUGUUUGCAAUAGUUAAUUGUAUAGGAUCACGUCUGUCUUUCGCCUGGGACGUAGAUCAGUUUAAAUUAAACAGGAUAUACAUAAACAGGAACAGCAUUGGAAAAUACUACCUUCGGGACUUGGCAGCGGAAAAGCAGGAAAAAAUUUGUCUUUUGAAAUAUUUCAGGCUUGUGCUUAUGUGGAAGUUUGUAUUGUAAACUUUACUGCAUCGCAUUGGCGUUUGUCUUUUGUUGUUGUGCUUUUUUCCACACAUUUCAAGAAGGCUUUUAGAUGAGUUGUCUGGACAUCUAUUUUGAAGCAUUUUCAGUCGAUACAAAAACGAGCCUCUUUGCUUAAUAUGGUUGUGCCCCACUUUCCCACACUGCCCCACUUUCAAUAGUAAAGAGCUAUAUGCAUAUUUGACAGACUGAUGCCAAGAUAUGUCAUUUCCAUUUUCGCUAUAACAAUCCAACAAACUUGUUACUUGUUAUUACAUUUAUAGGCUAACAAAUAUACAAACCUACACGAAAUAAUUUACAUUAUUUUCUUCAUCCUGAUAUUAAACUGCACCAUCUUCUGCACAAUGGUGCUUGGUAGAACCCUCCUAUGUUUACAAACUAUAAAUAUUAAAUAUUGAUCUACUACGAAUAUCCAUACUAAAUCGCAAAUCUGUUCCUUCCGUAUAAGAAGACAGUGGUGUCUUCUUUAUAUACGGAAGGAACAGAUUUGCGAUUUAUUUUCUUUUGCUCUUCAGAUAUUUUCUCUAAUCUCCGUGAGAUAUUUUAUCUUUGUAAACAUUUUAUCUUCACGAUAAACCAUCAGUUCGUACUGUAAAAAAAAUUCAAAAUUCCGGCCAAGCCUUACUCUUCACAUUUCCUGGUGUUGAUUGAAUGCGUUUAGAAAUAAAUUAACCACAUUAUUGCGUUUGAAGAAUUCGGCUAAUUGUCUAUCUUCUAUCUUGACUUUCGUAAUCAAACGAAGCAUACGGCCUCGCUCUUUAAGAUUUUCCAUGCACGGUUCAUUUGUUGGGUCAGUAAAAAUACAACAAGGCAGUUCUACGCAGCGAAGGUAGUAUUUUAAAAAGACGGGUGUUUAGGCUCCUAUCUUUCUACAGUCUUCCGGUAUGGCUUUGCAACUUGCAUAGCUCAAAUUACAAACUCCCCAUUGCGUUAUCUAUUUGUAUGCAAUGCAACGAUUUAGACAAUACAUGAGAUCGCAUAAUUACUGGCCAAGCCUUGUAUUCAAUAUGCUUUGUGUUUCCGUAGGCUUGUGACGAAGUAUCUAGCACCGAGGUUACAUACUACAGCGUUGAGAACUACACGAAAUUAGCCGAAGACGAAGUUUCCGUGAAGAAAGGACAAUUCGUUGAAGUCCUCGAGAGUCCUGCGAAUAAUGUCCGAUGGAAAAUACGCUUUAUAAACCCCGAUUCUGAGCCACAGAUUCAGGAAGGCUGGAUACCAUCAGACGUUUUGAGGCGGCAAGAAGAAUCGCGGCGAAUACGAAGGAACUCCGACGGUUCCUUAUGCAGUAGCGAAGGUAAGACCAUUCACAGGAAACAUUUUGCUUUUGUUGGGUUUUUGUUAUAAAUAUACGAUAUCAUAUUCCCGAUAAUGACUUCGAAAUACCUGUUGUCAGUCGUAUUGCGUAAUUCUUAUUGAAUUUGAGAAUUGUAUACAAGUCCUUUUUUGGUAGAUUUUUGUAAGCGUAUAAGGUAUAUACAAGAGGUUCUCUUUGUGUGGUAGCUUGAAUCCAUUUAGCCACAAAGGUCAUGUCAAGAUUUCUAUACUUAUGUCGAGAGCCAACGUUUAAGUCUUGUGUCUUGUGACAAUGCGUUCCAAAAGACAUGUUUUUCAAAAAUACUGUCUCACAGGAACAACCGUUUGAAGUUUAAGCAAGUAAAAAUCUACCAGAAGGAACGAGUGAAUCAAAUUUUCAAUAGGGCUGCUUAAUUUUGCGAUAUCAUUCCUAAAAUUAUUGUCGAUUGAAGCAUGUUCUAAUUGCUGGGGUUUUGCCUUUUGGAAACGAUGUUAUCAGGAUCGUUUAGGACAGUGUGUUAAUUAAAUAGUCUCGGUAAUAUUGUUUAAAUCAAAAGAUAGCCUUGCCUUUGGGUAUACGUCUGUGUUCGGUUAUGGUACUUGAAUUAAACUUUCAGUUCGGCAGUUCCGCCUGCUUUGCCCUUUCAAAGUAACUUUUAUGCAAAGCCUAAAGGUUUUGAUCUUAUGAAACGUAUCUUUACAGUUCAGGUUUGUUCCAGGGCAUAAAAAACAAUUCAAUAUAACAUUAAAGUGUUUUUUUUUUUAUAAAAUUUUAUUUUGUUUGCAUGCAAGUUAAAGUGUUAUAUGGAAUAAAAAUUAGUCUCCUGCGGUUUCGUCUCAUUACAUUAAACACGAGUCGUGCAGUUUCUCAAUAAACCGCUUUCGAUUCGGCUUAUAGUUUCAAAUCUGUAGGAACGUAUAAAUUAUAUAUAUGUUGUACAUGCUGUUUGAGGUUUUUGAUAAUCAUUAUAUAUAAAAUUGACUUUUUGUUGACAGGCUUUUAUUCAUCAAAAUUUUUCGUCUCAACUUAUUUUAGAGAUCGCAAUAUAUUUUAAUCCACAACUUAGUAAGUGCGAAGAUUUUUGUGAGCCCCCCUUUCAAGUUCACAUGGCUUUAUUGAGACUGUAAUCUUUGGGCAUCGUCUUGGCUAGCUUGUUCAAAAUAGACACGGAACGAUAUGGAUUACGUGUGGUAAUGGAUUACGUGUGGUAAUGAUUAGAUCGGCAUUUCUCGGAUUAUUUUGUUUGGGUCAAUAUAUCAACAUUCAUUUACAUCCUGCUUGCUUUUUCCUGUAUGCAACACGAGAGAUACGAUACCCUCGCUCGACUAAUAUUAGUAGAAAGUAUUCAAAUGAGAUCUACUGUUCGUCCUAGGACUAUAUAAUAGCUAUAUGCAUUGAUUUUAUUAGCAAUAUUAGGCAUUUGGCAUUACACUGUCAACAAGUAUAUGUUAUAAAAAUUAGGUUUUCUAUAUGUUUCCUGCUAAUUUCAACGGGCUAAUUCAUUGUUUAUGUCUGUGUGGAAAUUGGUAUAUAUAAAAACAGAGCCCAACAGCUAGAUUGUAAAAUAUUUGAUACGAAUGGCAAAGUAUGACACCAAUAUACGUGCAUACAACCUGUUUCUAAAAGUUGCAACCAAUUUUUAAAGGUUUUUUUUAACCUAUUGAAUAUAGGUUAGAUCGAUUAGUCAAAACUAAUAAAAAUAGAUUGAUUUUGGUCAUGCAAAUUAAUUCGUUGAUUUUUGUAACCAAAUCGGUUGUUAUAACCCAUUAGGCAUUUAUAAGGCCAUUUUCAUUUGUCAGUCAGAGUUAUUGACGAUGAUGAUAGUAUAUUAAUCGUUAUCAUGUAGUUAGCAAACAUGGUCGCCACUGAAACAAAUCUAUUGUAUUUUUAUGCAGCUUUUAUAUAAUUUGACCUCAAGUCAUUGACGGGUCCGUGCUUGUUUUUAAUUUCGUGUCGUAUUUCGAGUGAUCCUCUGGAAAUUUGUUAUUGCACUUGUUAACGUAAUCGUCUGGCCCUGAGGCUGACUGCCAUUGAUAUUAAUGUGAGAAUUUUAUGCUUUAUGCCUUUUUAAAAUGUAUUUUGAGCACUAUAUAACUAUAAGCCAGAAUAGGAUACUAUUAUAAAGUAUACAAAAUAAUGGUAACUUUGAACAAUGUUAUUUUAAUAUCGACGUUUCGACUAAUAUUUAGUCGAAACGUCGAUAAUAUUCUAUUCUAUAACAUCAUUGUAUGGUAUCUCUGGGCGUCUGAUGACCUAUAUCGCUAUAUAGAAUUAUACCCACAAUUUUUCCCGCUUUACUCUGAAUCCAAAUCCUUUAUACUACUAUACAUAUCAGAAUUGUUAUCUCGACAGGAUACUAGCUAACUGGUAAUAAAAUUAUGGAACAGUGUUGACAAAGUAGCUCCUCCAAAUAUUUUCUCUAGUGUCAAAACAUUUAAACAUUACCUUUAUAAUUCUUGUUAGUUUUACUGCAUGUAUUUGAUGUAAGUAUGUUAUGUACUUGGUUUAGCCUGAUUGUCCUUUCACAGGAGUUAAUAAUUGACUGUCUCAUAGACAUAGUAUAUGAAUUUCGUUAGUAUUGAAGUUGGUUAACUUUUUAUGCUAUAUAUAGUAUCUAUACGUAUUUUAUUGCGGAACAGGUGCAUGGAUAAAUUUCAAACAUUUAACAGUUUUCGUUUUAUUUUCUCAUAUUAUAUCAAAUUUUAAGUGAUAUAAGAUAUUCCUGAAACGUCGAUAAUAAAUUGAAAAUGAAAUUGAAAUGUUCGUUUGAACUUUAUUGAAAUACUUCUAGUGGUUACCGAAAAUUCUAGGCUAUACCGUUAUGUCAAUAGUAAAAACCCAACGGGCAAAUGAAUACGCAUUGGGUUGGGCACAUUUGGAAUUCGAAACAGAAUUCCACUAACGAAGACCUAAAAGGGUCCAAAAUAUUCAUGUGACGUUAAACUCUCAAGCUGUCAACAUCGUUCCCUGCUGACAAUUCUGUCAAGUUUAUAAACAACAAUAAUGUUUCCCAAGAAACUGUUUUGCCUCUGGGGGGAUUUAUCCUAUGACAAAUAAUGGAAACUUUUUUCUUUGGUGCAUGUAUAUUAAAAAAAAAAUGCACGAAAAUAAUUACAUAUCAUUUCAAACACUUAUUAACAAUUCAUAAGCUUAUUGGCGAAUCAUGCAUGUCAACCAAAUAUGUCGCGUCAUGAGGCUUACCUGAUAAAACUCAUCUUCAUUAGUAUUCUUUAUAUAAAAAUCCAUCCUAAUUACUUUAGUAAUUAGUAUACUUUAUAUAAAGAAUACUAGUGAGACGGCAUCUAUUGUAGUCGUGUUUGAAGCUAUUCAAAACACUUGUAGACUGUAGUCGUGCAGUUUUAUAUCUAAAAUGCUCGUGCUGCGCACUCACAUUUAAAAUAUGAUAAAACACUCCUACGCGUAUUUUAAAUAGUACUUAAAUUGUCCAAAUAUUUUGCCAAUUAUUUUAACAUAUACAGCAUCAUAAUGUCUUCAAUAACAAAUUCAAACGCAUUUGAAUUUGUUAUUGAAGUUCAAACGCAAAUUCAAACGCAUUUGAAUUUGUUAUUUCAAUUUGUUAUCGUUAGAUCCAAGUUAGUUCUUUGACAAAAAUAUCUAGUUGUUUUUUAUGCAGGCUAUUUGAAAUUGGAUGUGCGUGACCCUUGCCACAAAGAUAACUAAUAUUAUACCGGCUACGUGACAGUAAUUGGCAGUUUUCAUAGCUGAUUAUAUUUAAGUGUUUUUGAUUUCAUUUGCCAGUUAUACUUUGGUCGUUGUAUGCAUAUACUUGGCAGAGAUUCAGUUCCUCAUGAGUCAUGGUCAUAGACGUAUUUUGCUAUGAAUACAUUAACUAUUAUACUUGAACGCGCUAUAGCUUGCAAUUUUAACUAUUCAAACUGAGAGAGUUGAUUCUCACAGACACAGAUAUAAAGAUUUGAACCGCUUCUAAGGUUUAUCAAUAAGUAUUGUGUUCUAAAAUGGAAACGUUCAAACAUAAGUGUGUACCCGUGUUAACUUUGCUGGUCAGAAAAGGUGAGAAACGGCGAAGCGAAAAUAUAUUUGAAAGAGAGAAAUCCCAAGAAAAUACUUUCGAAUAAGACGAGUUUUUGAGACUGAACAUUUUUUGAAGGUUGUACAUUUUUUUAGUAGCUAUAUUUUGUCAUCAGACCGAAUGAUGCAUGUGAUAUACACUAUGUCAAGUAUUGUAUUUUAUUUUUAUUUUGUCUACCUGAAAUUUUCUAGUACAAUUUCCGGUGCUGCAAAUCACUACUAACAAACUACAUGUAUAUUUCUCGUGUAUGAUAUAAUGAGCAAUUUUACCAUGAGCUCGAAUCAGUACAGAAAGUGAACUGAUAUUUGGCGAGCAACUCGACUAAUCAGAUUGUGGAAUAGCUCAUAUAUAGCGGAUGUCUAUACAUUAUAUUAUAUCCUUUAUUAGUUUUGUACGUGAAUUAUUAUACUUUGCGUUGGUAAAGAACUCUUCGAAGUUACGAGAACAUUCCAUUAUUUCGAAGAACAAAGACAAAAGAGCAAUUCAGAAUUUCUUAGUAACUAGUAGCUGUUAAGAAUGAUCGGUUUAAUCUGACAGAGUGUAUAUUGUUAUUUAUUGCAAUAUGAUUAUAAAGCACACAGUAUUCAAAAGUGCAUUCAUUUUGCCUUUACGUGAAGAACGGUCCUUGAAAUUUGCAAUGUUGAUUGACAUAAUUGUUACAUUUCCUGUUCUUUAGAUUCAAAUUCGUUGUCAUCUUGCAAUGACUUGAGUCCAGCGGCAUCCCUCUAUAAUAGUCCUGGUGUUCUCAACGGAGCAACAUCACCACCCGUGCGAAGGCGAGCGAGGUCAACUGGACAGUUUGGAACAUUGCGGUAAGCUUGUGAACUAACAGUAAGGCCAUUUCCACUCCUUGAAAAGAUGAGAUUAUCUAGUGUAUUUGUUUUCGUCUCUCAAUGGACAUCUAGCGAUAACGAUUUCGAUCUCUACAACAUAUUUAAAGCUUAUUCAGUUUAGGUUUCCUCCUGUAGUAACCAUGGAUCGGUGAGGAUUGCCCUUACUGCACUUCUGGAAAGGACAGUUUAAGACUGACAGGGUUAUUCAGUAUAAUAAUAAAACAUAAAACAAUGGAUUUUUAUUCUUUACGUUUCGACUACUGUAUAAUUUAAAUCAUCUUCAGAAGAAUGCCUGAAGAUGACUUAAAUUACAGAACGAUUUUGUAUCUUUCCUCAAUUUUUUUAAAAAAAUUUUAUUCAGUAUAAAUAAAGUUGGUCAGUUUAGUUUAGCUUGCUUGUAAAACUAUCGAAUUUCGUUGCGAUGUUACUCACGGAGGAAUCAACAAUUCUCAAGAUAUGUACUGUACAUUCUUGAGUCAUCCUGCGUGACCAACUCCAUGGCUUUAAUAAUUCUCUAUCUUUCCCCAAUUUUUAAUUCAGAAUGAAACCUUGGAGACGAGACUCGAUGAAUAAGAGUAAAAAGUCUCUGCAACCUUCUCCUGUUCCGCGCAACACAAGAAUCUCGGGAGGAGGAAGUAAAAAGCUGCAGGUUUGUGCGAAUUGUAGUUCCUUAUUCAUUUUAUCUGUUGGCUUCCUCGUAUAAAAUUAGAAAUAAUUAUUCCUGACACCUUUCUCGUAGGUUGUUGUGGAACAGUUCUUAUUGCAAGUUGUAGCAGACUUGCAACAAACUUGCAGCAGACUUGUAGCAAUGCUGUUCCAACAACUUGUCAACAGGAUGUGUUCGCACUGCUGGUCCCCAGCUUGUUGGCAAGUUUGUUGAGCUCAACGGACUUGUUACUUGCAAUCGUCCUGCCAUUCAACAAUUUGUCAACAAGUUGGGAGUGACAACCUUGUAGCAACGUGAUAAAAUGACAGCGUUGUUACAACUUGUUGACAAGCUUGCUACAAGCCUGCUGCGAACACAUCUUGUUGACAAGUUGUGAGAUUUUUACGUGUGUGCGUCGUUUCCCUGCAGUACAACAACAGUAGGAACGAUUAAGAACUGAUAGAGCUUUCCAGUACAAGCAAAAAGGUAGUUCAGGGUAAAAUUUUUCCCCUUAUGAAAAAUCAUUUGUUUUAUAGGCUUUACUUGGCGCCAGUGAAAAUGACAUCGAUCUUUUAAUGAAGACAAAAAAUUCGCCAGUGUCGGGUUCACCACUCAAGGUAAUAUAUUUUCUGUACAACUGUAAUUUUCAUGAAUCGAGUGUUCUCCUUCUUGGCAGCAAAAUUCAGGAAUAAAGUAUUCCUUUGUAUGCCAUUAAUAUUUCAAAUUUCCUGCGACACUUCGUCGCCAAGAAGGCUGUUAAGGGGUCUAUUAAUUUAAUCGCGUUUAAAAAACAAAGUAAUUAUCUGUUGUUCGAAUGGAUAAAAAUAACAAAUGUUUCCUGCAAUAGACAAUUCCCAUUAUAGACUAAUUUUAAAACUGGGCAAGGAGAUGCAAAUAAAUCACCACAGCUAGAAAGAGCAUACUAAAAUUAGUAAGUUUGCAAAGUUUGGUUGCGAAAUGUUGUAAAAUGCGGAAAAUAUAGCCUUGCAAAGUUUGCAAAUUUUGUAUACUUUUGUAUUGCGUGCGGAAAUUGCUACCAUUUUCGGCCCAAAUGUGGUAGGAAUGUGGUAGGAAUUUCGCACGCAAUACAAAAGUAUACAAAAAUUGCGAACUUUGGAAGGCUGUAUUUUCCGCAUUUUACAACAUUUCGCAACCAAACUUUGCAAUUUUACUAAUUUUAGUAUGCUCUUUCUAGCUGUGGUGAUUUAUUUGCAUCUCCUUGUCUAGUUUUAAAAUUAGUCCAUAAUGGGAAUUGUCUAUUAAUAUACUGAAAUUUCCUGCGAGCAGCUACUUAUAGAACGAAUUCUGUAUAUACAGGCUGUUCAUAAGAAUUUGCUACCAGCUUGUUGUCAUCAACUUCUUAACAACUUGUUACGUGCAGACGAUAUCAGAUUUGCUGGAACAACCUGUUGGCGAGUGUGUUGGCCUCGUCAACCGUGUUACAAGAUGAUAACAACUUAUGAGAUUCUUAUGCGUAUAGAUGAAGUUUAUCCCAAAAUUAACUAUCAUAAAAUAAAUUUUGUGUGAAACUUUGUAAUGGUGUUGAGGAGCAAAUACUUUCCUACAGUGAGCUCUGAGACAUUCACCCAAUCAAAUUUUAUUUUCCAGAAUGCCGGCUCUUUGGAGGAAGACCUAGCCCUACCCGAAGAACCCGACGGUCAGUUGGUUGCGGAAAAUGGAAGUAACGGAUCAACGGAAAUAAUUCACGACGAGAUGGAGGAAAUACGGCGGAGUAAAGAAAGUUUACAAAGCAAGGAAAGUUUACAGAGCAAAGAGAGUUUGGCAGAAAGUAAUGAAAGUUUAUUAAAUGACGAAGACGCUGUGAAAAGCAAUGGCGUCGAUGUCGAAGAAGGAGAUACGAAAGAUGGCGAGAGUCAGGAGGACAAGGAAGGUGUUGCACUCAAGAAACGAAUGUGAGUAUUGAUUAAAGUGGCACUGUCAUUAAAAUUUUUAUUUUCUUAAACGAAAAUGCUCUUAAUUAUAGUAACUUCUUUUGAAGAUUUUUGUUCCCAUGUUUAGUUCUUCGGAUUCAUUUUGUUUGUAACCAUGCAUGUGACGUCAUUUACCAUUAUAUAUGUAUUAUAUAUGUAGUUGAGUAAAUGACGUCACAUGGUUUCAAUAAUACAAUCACAUAUACAUAAUUUGGAAACUUUGCAAGGCUAUAUUUUACAAGCUUUACAACAUUUCGCAACCAAAUUUUGAAAUAUUACUAAUUUCAUUAUGUUUUUUUAGCUGCGGUAUUUGAUUCCCUUCUCUUUACUUAGAUAAAACCCUAUAGGGUAUAGUGUAUUCAUGUAUAGUAUAAUCAUGGACACGUUUUUCAUAACAAAAUUCCAGCAUUGUUUCCCAGCCAGCAGAAGAUUGUACAUCUUUCUGCCUGCAGAAAAUUACACAUCUUUGUGUCUAAAAUGUUGUCGUUGCUUUUCUUCAGGUAUGUUAUCAAGGAACUCAUUCAUACGGAACAAGAUUAUGUUACGGAUCUUGAAUCAGUUGUCGAGGUAAAUGUUUUAUCACAAUUACUUGCAGAUUGCACACAUUAAUUUCUUAGGCUCUUAAUGUAUGGCUACUUACACUUACUCUGACAAAAGCUGAGCCAGCUGACAUGACCAUUGUAUGUUUUUCAAAAGGGUUACAUCCCAGAAAUGUCAAAAGAUGACGUUCCCGAGGAGCUCAAAGGAAAAGAACGAGAAAUUUUUGGAAACAUGAGGCAAAUCCUUGAAUGGCACAAAAGGUAGGACUUUAUUUAAUACUAAUCAUUUUGAUAUUAUAUUCCCAAGGCACAUUCAAUAUGAUCAAUUUAAACUUUCAUUUAUGUAAUUGGUGAUAAUUCAUAAUUCCAUAUAUCUUCUAGCUUCUUUUGCAACGAACUUGAAAAAUGCGAAGAUGCACCUGAACGUAUCGGGACCGUUUUCCUUAAAGCAGUAAGUUUUACCUUGAAAAGAAAACGCUUCCACGUUUAAAGUGCGAUUAACCCCAAAUAUAGUUUUUGGUAUGUGUAAUAUUUGGGUCAUUGUAAGAAGAAAUGUAAUGUAUCUUUAUAGUAAAAAAUCUCAUCUUGAUCAACUUUUUCACUGUCAAAGAUUCCGGAUAUGAUGUCAUUAGGUGAAUUUGUGGUACAAGAAAACAAAGGAAAUCUAAUUUGAAAUUCACCUAAUGACAUCAUAUCUGGAAACUUUGACAGUGAAAAAGUUGGGAUUUUUUAUUAUAAAAGAUAUAUUACAUUCCUUCUUCGAAUGACCUAAAUAUUACACAUACAGUACCAAAAAUCAUAUUUGUGGUUAGUCGCACUUUAAAGCGAAGACCCUUCGACACAAGUUUAACAUCCUUCGUGAGAGUAUCAAUCUUUUGGAAAAGGGAUUUCGCUCAAAACUUCAGACCCAAACCAUGCGCAACAGCUCUGUACCAUCACUGGGCUACAACUUUUUAACUGGGCUACCACGUUUAAAUAUUUAAGUGCCAUACUUUUCCCUGCAAGUAAGUCGAUAUUUUCCAUUCUGACUCAUUUUUUUCGUCCUCCUUAGGCCAAACGGUUAGAAAUGUACAUCCAUUAUUGUCAGAAGAAACCAAAAUCUGAAGGUCUUGUCCGAGAAUUUGAGGACACCUAUUUCCAGGAAUUGAAAACGCGUCUUGGUCAUCGCUUGGCUCUCUCGGAUUAUCUAAUUAAACCUGUUCAGAGAAUCAUGAAGUAUCAACUUCUACUCAAGGUAAUGUUAUAAAGUUGAAAUUAUCAUUGUUAACCAAGAUAACGACCGUUAGAAUUAGGUCAGUUUUUAGAAAAGUUUAGUUCAGGAAAAUGUUAACACGACUUUUUUCUUCUAGGAUAUAUUGAAAUACACAGAAAGAGCGAAUUUGGACUCCACCGACCUCAAGGUAGGAAAGACAAGCGUAUUUUUUGGUAUUCUCCUCUUCUUUUUCUACAGUACAGUAUAUGCUAGUCGGUCGAUGUACGGUUUAGAUGGAUGAUAAAACGAGAAACAGCCAGUGGAAUGGUCCGUGGGCUUAUCAUUCUUGCUCUUCUGCAUUGGCUUCGCUGAAUACCAUGCACCUAAACUUGAAGCAACUAAACUAAUUAAAGUCGUAGUUUUUGCAUUUGAGCCUUUUUCAAUUAGAGCAAAACGGUCCAGAAAAAUACAUAAUUGAACAGCGUGGACGAAAACACGCAUUGUUAUAGUAUUAAAAGUAUUCUGUUGCAGUUAUUGAUUUGAUUAACAUUUAUUAUAUUGACAGAGUGCGUUGGACAUAAUGCGAGUAAUUCCGAAGAAAGCAAAUGACAUGAUGAACGUUGGGAUGCUUGAAGGCUAUUGCGUAUGUAUCACUGUUGACCAUGCAUGUACUUAGCUGGGAUUUUAGAUUUUGGGAGUGUUUCUAAAUUUCCAGUUUGUAUACUUGCCAAUUACCCAGGAUAGCUAAAUAAUUCUGUUUCUACUAAUAUUUCUCCAGGGGAACGUGAAGGCUCAAGGUGACCUUAUCUUACAAGAUAUCGUUCAAGUCACUGACCACAGGGCGAAAACGAAGCCGGCCAAAAGACGUGUGUUUGUUUUUGAACAAAUGAUUAUAUUCAGUGAACCUUUUGAACGAAAGAAGGAUUGGACUGUGUUUAUUUAUCGACAUAGCAUCAAGGUAAGCACAGAUGUGGUACUUUUUGUGUACGUACUCAGGUGAAGAUGAUGCUUGUGGUGUUACUCUGAGUGUGCAUCCACACCGGGCAAGCUGAAGGAUUUGCCUGACCAUGGUGGGAAGUGAUCUGAUGCGUUUUUAAUUCCAGACCAACUUCAUGGGUGUGACGGAAAGCUACGGUGACGAUCCAUGUAAAUUUGCAAUCUGGACCCACCGAAGCACGAGUGAAAUUUACAUAUUGAAAACAGAAACACCGGAAGACAAAGUCAAAUGGAUCAAGACAUUAAAACAGUUGCUGGAACACUUGAAACAGUUUGCAAACGGUAAGAUUGCAUGCAAGUCAAUGGAGAUAUGCUGAGCAAUACUAAACGUAUGUGGUGUAUAAUUCAAUGCUAGCGCUCUUCCACGCUAUUUAUUAAUCUCAAAAUUGUUAAAAUUUUAAUAGAUCCUAAAGUGUCUUUGUUUUAAUCGUAACUAUUUGUUUGUUUUAAACUUCAGAGGAUGAAGAAGAGAAUUAUAAUGAUUUUUUAAACGAACUAAAUGAUAAUGAUGAAGGUGGGAUAUCGUAAACUCAAUAAAAUAUAAAAUAAAUUCAAGAAUAAUAGAAACCAAAAACAGUUUGAAUAAAUAAAGGAAGAGCCAAACAAACCGACACGAAGAAAAUAAACAAACAAACAAACAAACAAACAACGAAAAUCCAACGGUAAAUAGUAAACACUAAAAACAAAACAACUUUCAAACAAAUAAAACAAAAACUUAUUUAAACUUUUGAAAAAAUUUACACAAAAAAUUCAGAAAUAGAUAAACAAAUAGACAGGGCUGACUUAAAAAGACUUUGAACAACAAGCUGUAGUAAAUAAUAAACAGAAGUAUAAACAAUAACCAAUUUGCAAAUAAAAACAUUGAUGUCCUAAACAGUUAUGAAACAAAUAUUUUGCUCAUUAGUUGUCUUUAUAAAUGGGCCAACUUGUAAAACUUUUUUAUACUGUAAAAGAUAAAGGUAACCGGGUUAUGGAGUUGCUAAACAUGCUGAAUAAAACUGAAUUGAUUUCUGCAUUUCGUGUUUGAAUUAAAUAAUAAUUAUUCGUUUUUCAGCCCUUGUUAAUCCGAUUGAAUACCAAGGUGGAAACGCUGAUCCUUUGGGGAUUAAUAGGUACGUUUGUAGGUUUACUAUUAUUUCUCAUAAGCUUAUCGAGUGUUCUCAUAUGUACAUUAUUAUCCAUUUAGUGUUACGACUUCGGAAGGCCAGGUUACCCCGCCGGCUGUAACUGAAGAAAAUUCUCGAAAUAGUCUCGCCGCUCCAAGCGAAGUCAUUCGACGUCAUAGUUCUGCAACUAAGGUAAAUGAAAUUUUAUAUUUUAUAUAUAGUUACCGUAGAAUUCCGAAAUAGAAGGCCACCGUUAUACAGGGUUCACUACUUUCCAGAGGCGGGGUUACGGACCCGAAAAGUCGUGUUUUUUUUCCGGGCGCCCCGGUUUCCUCGCACAGGGAAAAUUGACAGGGGAGGUUAGGACUGUGGUUAGGAUAAACAUAGUUAGGAAAGUAAUAUCACAAUUGUUGUGUAGAUAAAAUAGUCUACACAGCUAAAGACGAUAAGGUUGUUGCAAUAUUGAUGAAAACAGGAUUGAACAGUGUUGUGCUGCCCGCAUUGUUCACAGUUGUCAACAAUAUUGAACAAUAUUGUCACACCCAAUUCAAGCUCAACAAUAUUGUUCAAUAUUGUUGACAAGUGUGAACAACGUGGGCAGCAAAACAUUGUUCAAUCCUGUUAAAUAGCGGGCUCAGUGUUUUUAGCCGUGUAGGCUAAGUACAGUAAGUAAUAUAUAAAUAAGCGUAAUACUUGAUGUAAUCGGUCACUGAAAAGCCCCAAUGGGGAGUGAACUGAAUAAUUAAUUAUAAUCAUCAUCACUUUCGAAAUGUUAAGUACAUCAAUGACAGGAAAAAUCAGUAACAUAGUGAGAAACGUUUUGUGGAAUGUACGAAAGUACAAGGUACUAUAUAUCAAUGUGUUUUAUAAGAAAUGAAUAGUAUAAAUUAUAAAUAUUAUUACUUUCAGACGAUGAGUGCGCCGACGCCGAACCAAGUGAAACAUUUUAGUCUGAUUCCUCUUCAUACGGCGAAAACGUUAGAAGGACUGACAGGAGCUUUUUCCGAAGCGGUAUGUUCUUUGAAUUGUUUUUGGUCUACAGAGAAUCUUUGCAAGCUCGUUUCAACAACCUGAUAUCAGGUUGUCUUCGUACUGACAAGUUGUAUGGACAGUAGCAUGCUUGCUACAAGGUUGAUGGCCAGUGUUCCAACAAGUUGUUACCACCUACAAUUCAGACCUUACUCAGGGUGCCCGAUGUUUUUCGACCCUCACAAAAAAGACUUCAUAUUUUAAAUUUUAAAUAGGCUUCAUAUUUUGCAACCCCGAGUAUUUAAACCUAAGCUGUCGAGAAUUGUAUUUUGCCUCGGGUGAAUUGGGCGAUAAACGAAAAUAAAAUAAUAGUAGACGCAUCUUGAUUUACGUGCAUGUGUUCAGUUUUGACCUCUCUCUCCGUUCUUUGUAGAGAGGGAAGGAUAAAUACAUCGCCACCUCCGACUACAAAUCGAAAGCAAAAGACCAAAUAUCCGUGAAGAAAGGCGACAUUGUCUACGUCGUGUCGAAUAAGAAACACGACAAGAAAUGGUUAUAUGGUCACGUCGCUGGAAUUGAAACUCUCGGGCUGGUCCCGGUACGUGUUUUACACAAGGAACCGGAUGAAAAUCACGUCAAUGAAGACGGUAAGGAACACGAGGAUAGAGGAAAUACCCUUCAGCACGGGCCCUUCUCCAGGGUUCGGUAGUUCGAAGCUGGAUUAACGCUAACCCUGGCUUACAAUUUGAUCUGUUCUGACCAUGGCCCUGUUCUAUUUUUUUAUAGAUUUGAUCCAAAACGGACCUGACAAAUCAAAGUUAACUCGCAAACACAGUUUCCCGUAAGUAAACUUUAUAUAAAACAAAAAAAAAUACUCCGAACAGAAGCACCUUGUCAGGGUGCGAUAAUUCAAGAUUUAAAGGCUGUUUACCACUUCAACCGUAUCGUAACGUACCGUACCGUAGCAUUUUCUUUUGUGUCGAAGUCAUUAAUAGUUCCAUACUGUCGCUCAGGAAAUAAACUGGCUUUAGUUGUUACUUCAGGUGGUACAAAUGCAAGACUUAGGUGCACGGGUUUCUGAAACGUAUUCAUUUAGUAAAGAAACCUAGCGAUUUAGAAGAAGAAGCACAAUUGCAUAUUGCUCGUUUGCAAUCGACGCCAUCUUGGUUGAUAUUCGUGGCAACUAAAAAUCUAUAUUCUUCAUUCUUUGUCGUAUUGUGCCAGAAAUCGUAAACUAUCCAUAAUACAGUAAGAUGUUUUCAAAACAAACCCGAACUAUUAAAGUAACUUAACUAUUUCGAUGUAAACGGCUGGACAAAACUUUAAAAUCAACCAAGAUGGCGCCUAAUGACACGUACUGUUGUGACGUCACGUGCAAACAAAGAAUACAAACACUUACAAUCGACUCCAACAUUUCUUGUCCCAUCAGCCCAAUCAUGGCUUGUUUUGUAUGUCUCGGAGUUGAGAUUGGAAAGUCCGUAUAACAUUAUUGGUAUUAUUAGAAUUACAAGUACUCGAGCUAAUCUUAAAACUUGCUUCCUCUUUCUAGGAGUAACGCUUUACGACGUGUGACGCAGAAAAAAACAAAACAAGAUUUCUUUAGCCAUAUUUCAUUACAAUUACGAGACAGCAUCGAGAAAUUUCAAAGUGAUUUAAGCGCUGACACGUGUCCGGUGGAAGGUGAAACCGAGCAUGUAAGUUCAGUUUUGAAAUUCUGUAAAUUGACAGACUUCUAGGAAUCUCAGGAAUAGAAUUUACUGUGUAUUAGGCAAUUCAAAACUACUUUACAAAGUUGUUACCUGACAGUCCUGAGAGAAUGCUUCAACGAAGAAGAUUCGGAGACAUGUAGGACUAUAUAUGUCUGAAGUGUAACACUAGUCGUUACUCGUGUUCUAAAUUAACUUGUUGUUUUUAGUCGCCUGUCCAUGUACUGUACUGUGUUAUUAUUGUGCGUAUUUUUGUAUAAAGGACCCACAGUAAUUGGUUUACAUUGUUGUGGUGUCCCUGCCAUUCUUGUCCAUAUUUAUUGUCUAGAUGUCUAUUUGCUGUUCUGUUACGUGUUUUUGCCAAAGUUUAAUAAAUGAAUGAAUGAAUGAAUGCUAUUUCAUAGUUUAUCAUUUUUGUUUGAAGUUAAAUGUGUAUUUUUCUUCGUUUUUAGUUGCCAAAUGGGACUGCUGUUAAAGAAAGUAAGUUUAUGUGUAAGUCAUUGUUGUAAUAGGAAGAAUUUCUCUGCUACCGUUAUACAGAGGGCAAAAGAUCGAUACUCGAGCUCAAACUUUCUCUGUUUCGUUACUGUCAGAAGGACUGUGAAUAUUUACUUCCAAAGUGGAACGAAAUUUACAAUAUUUUCAAAUAAGUGUGAAAUCAACUACGCGUUAAUAUCAACCCAUUGAGCGCCAGGGCUCUCCCCUUGACGAGUAAAAUCAUCUGACGUUAGACAGAGUAAAAUAUUUUAGUAAGGCGCAUUUGGGUGCAAUGCAAGUUAAUGGGUUAACCAGGCACAUGGGCAGAUAAGAACAUCAAAUCGUAGGUAUCUCGGAUCCCUUAUCAAUUGGGUAAUAGCCGGCUCUGUUGGGAAUUCCGCUCACCAAUUAGUAAGAAACUCGAUAAACUUAACAGAUUGAUUAACCCAUUGAGCGUCAGGGCUGUCCCCGUACGUUUUACGUAAUAUAUUCAAAUUAAAUAUUUUGUUCUUUAGCGAGUCCGCGUUGGCGUUUAGAACUCCGAGACGCAGUUAUCAACCGUCCUAACACCUUGAGACUAUCCUGCGAGGUCGUGGGGAACCCUAGUCCGACUGUUCAGUGGGAGAAGGACUCUAAAUCGAUCACCGCCACGGAUCGUGUUAAGAUCACGCAAGAGUCGCAACGCAGCACGCUCGAGAUCACGACCAGCGCGUUUGAAGAUAGCGGUGUUUACACGUGUACCGCGGUGAACGAACACGGUCACGUGACGACGUCUUGUAUCGCGCAAGUUCGAGGUAAUUUGAAUAAAUAAGUUGUCUUUCAUAUACUUUACUGCUAAAGCCUGGUUCACGAUAGCAAUUUUGUCGGCGAUCUUGUGUUUCUGACAGAUGCAAAUGAGUGAACUCGCACACAAAAGUAUAGAGUCACUUUUCAGAAGUAAACAAUUCUAAGUCUUUUUCAUGUCAUUCGUUCCAUCACAUUUGCCAGGAGACGAAAAAUCGCCGAAUGAACCAGGAUUAAGGACUCUUUUCCACUCAUUGCAAGUUCGCUGCGAGUGUUUGCAUAUCAUUAAAUCACACUGUCGAGCAUUGUGAUUGGUUGAAAGAACUCUCAAAAAGGUUGCGAGUUCAUUCUUGCAAUGAAUGAGAAAGAGGCUUAAGUCUAUCUACACUGGAUAUAGCUCUACCAGAAUGCACCAGUUCCUAAUAUCGAAUAUCCCUUGUGGAUCCAAAGUUUUAGUAACUACAGGAAAAGUCUGAACUUAACUGACUUUAUUUUGACUGGAUAGCUUUGUCAGUUCUAAAUUGUUCUCUCCAGAAUGCCAGAAAUGGUGAAAAUCUGAAAGUCUGCGGUGUUUGGUAGAGUCAAACUAAAAGCACUCCGGUUUAUCAAACAAGUUCCCGAUGUAGGAGUCCCAAACAAAUUGUCUCUGUAAUAUAUGAAUAUGUGUUGAAAUUUUUUUAAGGGAUCAUUUCCUCUAUAUAAGUGUUCGUACCAUCCUCAACGGGCAUCGCGUAACUUUUCUAUAAUUCUGCAUUCUACCUCUGCCAUUUGUCUCACUAGAUACAUCUGCUCCAUACAUAUUAGCACUGUUCUUAUUACUCUUUAUCUUAUCAGACUUGGAAAAAGUGUUUAAAGAAUGUGUGUCAACCGUCCUGCUUUACAAGCUCAAACCUACUUCACGGCCGUUUUAAUGGCCGACUAAUAGAGGUUUCUUUUUCAAUCCAUGAUAUAUUUCAAACAUCCUAUGGGUACACUUGCUCAUUUUAAUUUAUUUAUACUGAAAAUGCACUGAAGAAAUAGUUUCCAUUGUCAUUUGUUGCUAUUGAAUCACCGCCCAAGGUAAGAUGUAAACAAUAACAAUGAGGUUGACACUUGACACACAUUCUUUGAUGUUCCUCGGAUCCUGAACUUUUUUAAUUGCACCUGAAAAGUGUGUAAAAACAAUGGAAAAUUUGACCGUACAUUGUAUACAAUUGUGCAUUAUAAUGCAAAGUAUACUCGAUUGUAUUUGUUACAUAUCGCAAAUGACGGACAAUGAAGUAUGAUUAAUCAUUCCUUGAGAUUUUCCCAUGACGUGUUUGUGAAAGAUUGAAAUUGUUCCUCAAUGUACCUCAGGAUCCGGGAUCCCACCUCUUUCCAGCUCUGCAUCUCAAAUGGUAUAACGUAAAUGCUACAUACCCCGUUCUUGUUUCAGAUAAACCUUCAUCGCCCUCCAAACCGUCCGUCACCGAGAUCACAUCUUCGUCAGUCAUCGUAAAAUGGAAUCCACCUGCGAGCGAUGGCAACAGUACCAUAACCGCGUACACGGUCGAAUGUAAGGAGACUGGGGUUAGUCAUUGGCAGGCACCAGUCCCUUUCGUGUCGACUACAUCCACGGUCGUCGAUGAUCUCACUCCAGGUUCAGUGUAUCAGUUCAGAGUCAGUGCGAACAACGUGGUGGGCAUUAGCAAACCCAGUCCCCCGACGGAGUCGAUCACGCUUGAUAUCGGUAAUGGUGAGUGCUCGUAUUUUUGUUUUGUUUCAAUUUUACCAGGGUUAGAGUGGACCACAGACCAUCCUUUUGUUAUGUAGUUCGGUUAUAUUUUCGCCUUGGUUAUGCGAGAAGAAUGGUUUCGGUUUAGCCCUACCAAACACCGCAGGCUUUUUUGAAUUUCUUGUGGCCCUUAUGGAGACCACAGAAUAGACAACUUGCAGAGACCGACUUUCUGGUUUUGCCUAUGAUUACGAGAGGCAUUCGCCCCCUGAAAAUCUUCAAAAUGACGGACUUUCAGGGGGGUGAAUGCCUUUCGUAAGCGCGCUAGUCGAUCUUCUGUAAGAUGUCUAUUCUGUGCUGCAGGGAGAACAGUUUAGAACUGGUCAGUUUUCCUUCUGCAGUAACACUAAUGCAAUAACUAAUACGGGAUGGCCCAUACUGGACUUCUUGGGAGAACAGUUUGGAUCUGAUACAGCUAUCUUGUGCUGUGCUAUCCAGUGUAGCACAGUUCACACAAAUCUAUUGUUCAAUCUUUUGAAAUUCACACGUCUGUCCGAAAUUUGAUGAUCUCAAUAGAUGUGCUGUACUGCACGAACGCUUUCUCCUAUCUUGUAUCUAUCUGCUAGUAUGCCCACACAUAAAUAUAAAGGCAUCUUACUCAAUAUAAAUUAUGCAGACGGUUGCGUGCUUGAUCGAAUGCUAGAUCCAAUAUAUCGUUGUCACAUUUUGGCUCUGGAAGGUUUCACAACAGCUGUCGUAUUGACAGAUUGUUUACUCAGUGCUAUACAUAUUAUAAUUUCAUAUUCAUAACACCUGCGGUUUAUAAUUGCGGCGUCGUACUGGGUUAAUAUCCAAAGCACAGGGUAUUAUAUCAUCCAAUAUUAUAUAUGUUCACUAUAUUUGUUUCCCUUUUAGAAAAACGAGCUUUAUGAUACACGUUCACUUUUCACCAAAGAGGCGAAGAAUCGUUUCGAUUAUGAGUCACUGUACACUACUCGCUUACUCCAACGAAUUUAAACACAGGAACUAAACGCCACUAAAUGGAAUAAUGACUAACAUUAAUUUGUAACAAUAAGAUGUAUUGCUAUAUAAACUGUAUAGAACUAUAUUAUAUUUAUAUACAAAAUAACCUGUAAAUAUAUUGGAAUUGGUUUCAUCAAUAAAUCUAAUCUCAAGGAAAUCUAAAUCUGUUGAAAAUUAUAGUAUUAUUGUUUUGAUAUCCACAGCUCGCCUUGUUUGAGUCAAAACCACAAGGCACAAUACUAGAUUGGAUGAGACAAGCCGGUAAAUUAUUAAUUAUAUUAGUUGUCAGCGUUUCUUUGUAUACAGUAGACACACAAAGCACUGCUAAUUUUCCAAACCCAAUGUCUGGCUUUUUGUUUUCAAGUAAAUAAAAGAUUACCCUUUAAAAAAUAACUGGUGUGCAGCACUUGCAUUGAAUAAAACAGUGUUAACCAGUAUUAGGCUAGACUUGAACUAAAAAAAACAGUUAAUGUUUGUUCUUGUCGAGGAAAACAUUUCAAACCCCGUGUACAUUUUGAGUGCAAUAUUGGUUCACAGUUGACAUGACCGCCCCAUCAUUCAUAAUUAUUACUAAACUGGCAUAAAUUUUCGACACAAAAGUACCGAAAGUGCAAAUUAUGUACAGUGGUUGACAGUAAUUAUUCUGUUUCAAGUAGGCUCGAAAUCAAAUCAAACAAAACAACGUCACGCCAUUGGAUUCCGGUGCAGAUUUCCUUCAAUGUUUAACCGUUUGUGGGACUUUUUGAGGCUUUGAAACAUGAUAAACCUUCAGUUUCUUAAACGAAGACAUUCCUAUGGUGUUUCCCUGUUCCUUUUGGGGCAAUGGUCCAGAUAUUUUUCAGCAAGGCGAGCUGUGGUAGUGUUAAAAAGUUAAUGAAUUUAAAUUAAUGUCAUAAGUUUACAUGUUAAACAGUCAAACAGCGGCAUCCGUCUUGACCAUAAAAAGCAAAAAACGAAGGUAAACACUAAUUAAUGUUUAAAUAAAUUUAAAUGAAAUAACUAUAUAAACAUAAAUUUAAAAUAUUAGUCGUUAAAUAAAUUCGGAAGUGUUUUAAAAACGACGUAAAGUGAUAAUUGUGAUUUGUUAUGACAACAAAGUAUAGUUUGCAAUGUUGGACUUUUCACUUGAUGCUAAAGACUGAAGUAUAUGCAAUCUUUUACAGUAAAAAUACUUUGCUAAAACGUAAAAUUAUAAAAUUAAAAGCUAAGACUAAACCAAAAGCUCCUCAAUAUCUUAAAAUAUAGUCAUACAAGGAAGUAGUUCAGUACAGUUCCUCAAAAUUCAAGACGAAAAUAACUUUGUAAAAAGAACGGAAAAAAAUCACUGAAAAAAGAGCUCUUUCUACCAAAUGCAAAUUCCUACCUCUUCUGUCGCAUAUUAUGCAUGCACGUCCAAUAUCGUAAAAAUUUACAUGCAUCUUAAAAUUUGCUUUUUAUCUUCUUAAUCUCAUAAUUGGUUCCAUCUUUUAUCUUCCCAGGUAAAUUCCAUCGAGAUUUGGGCAAAGAUGCGGUCACGUGGAAGGCAGACAUAGACGAAUUUCACAACGUCUACGCCGAACUUGGAAGGUAAGGUUCGUUUUGAAAUGAUAGUGGGUUUCGUGCCUGCCACAUGUGGUCGGAAAUGAAGAGAUAUUUCCGACGUUUGGCAAUAUAGUUCACUUCCGACUGUCAAGUGAAAAUAUUUACCGAGUCAUGAAUAUUUUAAGACUUUUCUGGCUGAAUUAAUGCAGAUAAAUAAUCUAUAACGAUCGGUAAUUUCGAGGGUAAUUUAUCCAAUAUGCGUAACGAUGACAAGCCUAAUUCGUAUUAAUCUCAAACCCGGGCAAUUCCUUAAUAUCUCAAAAGCCGAAAGUUCAAAGGGGGCAAUUCUUUAAUAUCCCAAAGCUGUCGUGGUUUGUGUCUGAACUACACACGAAAAAAUCUCACAUCUUGUAGCAAGUUUGCCAACAAGCCGUCAACAGGUUGUGUUCGCUCUGCUUGUCCCAAGUUUUGAACAAGAUGUUAACAACUUAUGACAACCUUGUUGAUAUUAUCAGACUUUGUAUUGCAAGGUUGUUGCAACAAGUCCGAUACAGUCGUGAUAAAACAAUAUUGUUCCAACCUUGUUUCGUCAACCUUGUAACAUUCUUGUUAUCUCAUGACUGUAUCAGACUUGUUAGAACGACCUUGUAACAAGUCUGAUCACGCCAUCAAGCUAGUUACAAGUUGUUAACAGCUUGUUUUAAACUUGUUGCAACAACUGUUUUCCAAAUAUAGUCUAAAUACAAAUAUCUUUAUUCAGGGGAAGAUACUCGGUUGUCAAAAAGUGCGUCGACAAGAUAAGCGGCAAGGAAUACGCGGCAAAAUUAAUCAAAAAGCGAAUGUGCUCCCAACAAGACGUCGAGAGGGAGGUCACAAUAUUACGUCGCCUGAAACACCCGAAUAUUAACAUAUUCGUGGACUCUUUCGAGAAUGAUAAAAACUGGAUUCUUGUCCUGGAACUUUUACCAAACGGAAGAUUAUUCGACUCGAUCGUUGUCGCGAAUCCUUGGACGGAAAAGGAAGCCGUCGGUUUCGUGAAACAAAUUCUCGAAGCUGUUCAACAUUUACAUGACUGCAGAGUAGCACAUUUAGACUUGAAAGUAAGUGGAUAUUUUACUUUCCUGGUAUCGUUCUUGUUCAUUUUGGAUGUAAACCUAAGCUAAAUUACCUUUAUCUCUAGUGGAUAACUCUGUCAGUUGUAAACUGUUCCCCACAGAGGUCCAGUAAGGGCCAUCUCUUUCUGCUCCUCGCAAUUAGCACACCUGUGAUAUACAACUUCAUGUAACAUUCAAAAAGGCAUUAAUAAUUCAUGAGAAAACACAAAGAAAAAACAUAAACGGUGUCCUACCUUUAUAUAUGAUAGAGAUUUCCCUUGAUUUACAUAAACUUUAAUACCUUUGAUUUUCUCGACUUACACAACAUAUUUUUUGAAAACUACUUCGCCAAUGAACUUACUGGAUCGAUCGUUUUUGAAGCAAUUUAAAACAUUCGCAGUGCGUGUUUUAUGAUAAAACACUGCUGCUCGUGUUUUAAAUAAUAUACUUAAAAUGACUGGUUAUCUUCUUCGCGCUUUGUGAAUUUUAAUCUUUUGCCUUUUUUACACCAUUCUAGCCUGAAAACCUGUUGCUUGACUGUGGUCCUAUACCGAAAGUGAAGCUCGUCGACUUCGGGAGUGCAUUUACGAUGUCAAACGAAAAGAUCAUUCCUGAUCUUCUUGGCAACCCAGAAUUCUCUGGUAAGAAAAUACGUUUUGAAAAUACGUUUUGUUUCUGGUUGUGUUAACUUGGGUCCCGUUUACAUGUGACCGGAACGAAGUCAAACCGAAAUGAAAACUGAAAUUGUCAACAUGUUUACAUGAGACCUGUACGAAAAUCACAAAAUCUUCAAUGUAUUCCAUUGCCAGGCAAUUUUCUUUUCUCGAUAGCUUUUGUUAGCAUAUGUUGUUCCAAUGUCAAGGUUACAGCCGAGACCGGUCUGAAAUGUAUUUGUGUUUACAUUCUUCCCAGUCUGAAUUCAUGCCGGUCUGAAGUCAGUCGGCUUGGUCCAGCAGGCGGAAUGACUUGAGACUGGUCUGAGUUAUUUUCGUCCCGCGGUCUCAUGUAAACAUCUAUUACAAAUAAUACUAUGACCGAAACGAAAAUGUCCCAGUUUGACUUCGUUCCUGUCUCAUGUAAAUCUCAUAAUCAGACUUUCCAGACUAUUGCUUUUCCCCCAGUUUUUUUAGUUCUUGUAUCUUUCCUCCUUAUAAUGUCUGAUGAUUCCAUUGAUCUAAAAACUGUGAGCCAAAUGGUGUCACUUUCCUAUAAAGAACUUUGUUUGCAUGUGUUUCGUCUGUUGCUAUGUAGUUAAUGUCUGAUAUUCUCUGUUCUAGCUCCAGAAGUUAUUCGUGGAUUGGCUGUUAGCAUUGAAACGGAUGUCUGGUAAGAAUUUAAUCCAUUGAGUGUUCUAAUUAGUGUCUUACAGUUCAGUUCAGUACAGCACAAUACAAUAGAAAUCUAACUCGUUUUCCUCUUUUUCAUUUUAGGAGUAUUGGUGUUAUCAUUCACGUCAUGUAAGUACUUUUGUGUUUUGUACCACUACUUUUCCCAGCUGUAAUAAGUUUGAAACAAGUUUUUCCUGAAUCACCUAUUCUUCCUCGAAGUCCAGCAACUGUCAUCACCUAAAUCUGAGGUGUUUGGCAAAUUCAAAACACUCUUAUACCACAUACAACUGAGGUGCAACUAUAACCAGAACUCUGAAUAUUACAUGAAUCGAAUACCAACCACAGCGAUAAAACCGUGAAAGGGAAAUCCACUAACCACUUGUUUUUCCCUCAUUCUUUUCUAAGGGCGCUUUCCAUUAACACGGCCAGAACGGUCAAAUUGUUGAUUGGAACACAAAACAUUUGGGCUUCGGACCUAUCUGAGCGGAAAAUUUAGAUAACAUAAGAAUGAGGUCCAUUUUCGCUAGAUAUUUGAGAAACAUAGACCAGAUCUUUCCAUUGAUACAGAGAAAAGAAUUUGCGUCUGAAAAAUGGAAAGCGUCCUAAGUACUGUAGUUUAAUCUUGUGACUUAUACCAUUAUUUUGCCAAUCCUCACAGGCUAACGGGAGUAUCUCCAUUCUACGACGAACACUUGCAAACAAUGUGUGAUAACAUAUCUAAAGUGAACUGUGAUCUGGACGCAGAUUUCAUGACAAAUAUCUCAACCGAAGCCAAAGCUUUCAUCAAACGACUACUCAUUCGUGAGCAAUGGUAGGUUGAGAAUGAUCUAUUUUCGAAUUCUAUCUUAAGAGAUCAUGUUUUGUACGGCAUGGUACACAUAUUGUACACCAACAGAUGGUCAACAACUUGUGUUCGCUCUGCUGUUCCCAGUUGUACAGUACAAGUCUGGAACAAGUUGUUAUCAUCUUGUGUCAAGGUUGAUGAGCUCAACAGACUCGCAGCAAGUUGUUCCAAUAAGUCUGAUAAUCGUACGCACGUAACAAGUUGUUAACAAGUUCAUGACAACAAGCUCGUAGCAAUUUGUUACGAAGAACCUGUAUUAGUCUUGUUAGAACAAAUUGCAGCAAGUCUGUUACCAUCAUCAACCUUGUAACAAGGUGAUAAACAACUUGUUCCAGACUUGUCACAACAACUGGGGACAUAAUGUGAACAUAUCCUGCUGUCAGCUUGACAACAAUCUUGUUACAACUUGUUUGCAGAUAUGCAACAACUUGCGCGUUAUUACGUGUGUGGUUUACACACGCAAAAAUCUCACAUCUUGUAACAAGUUUGUCAACAAGUUGUCUUCGCACUGCUUGUCACAAGUUGUCAACAAGUUUGGAACAAGCUGUUAACAAUUUGUAAUAGCCUUGUUGACAUUAUCAGGCUUGUAACAAGGUUGUUCCAACAAGUCCGAUGCAGUCAUGAUAUAGCAGCAUUGUUACAACCUUGUGUCGUCAACCUUGUAACAUUCUUGUUUAUCAUGACUGUAUCAGACUUGUUAAAACAACCUUGUAACAAGUCUGAUAAUGCAAUCAAGCUUGUAUACAAGUUGUUAACAGCUUGUUCCAAACUUGUUACAACAACUGGGAACAAGCAGUGCGAAGGCAACUUGUUAACAGCUUGUGAACAGAUUUGUAACAACUUGUUUGCAGACUUGUAACAACUUGUUUGUUUUUACGUGUGUAGUCCUGCAUCUGCUAACCUAUGGCUCUUACUGAAACCCGUCAAUACCAAUCAAUUGUUCUAAUUUACAGGACGUGCAUGUCAUAAACUUAAUGUUUGCUGUUUUGUAGGAGACGACCGGAAUGCAGUGACUGUUUGGACUUCAGGUGGAUGAAGGUAUGAACUUUAUUUAAUUAUUUAUACUGAAUAGCUCGGUCAGUUCUGAACUGUUCUUCCAAGAGGUCCGGUAAGGGCAUUGUCUUAAUUGAAGAAAACGUGCAUUGUUGGUGUCGGCAUACCCGUGAGAUGAAAUUAUAUUCAGACAACUGUAUGUUGUAGGAGUCUAAGAUCUGUUUCAAACGUCGAAUUUUGGUCGCGUCGAAUGCAUUUAAGACAAUAGAUAAUGAGAUGAUAAACCUUAUUAAGCUUCAUUAUCUAUUGUUUGAAUCGCAUACGACGCGACCGAAAUUCGACGUAUGAAACAGGCCUGAGGCCCGUUUCAAACGUCCUGCUUCUCUUCGGCCAAAUGGUUAACAACAAUAGAUAAUGAGGCUUCUCAACUGAUGUAUCUAUUGUUUUUAAUGCGUUCGGCACAUGAGAAGCACGACAUUUGAAUACUGGCCUAAGCCAAGACAUACAAACAGUUUUUGAUAAGCAAACCAUUGUACAACCAACAUGUUCAAUCCGUCGUUUUCAACAUGCUCAUGUUAGCGUUUUUGUAUUCUUCUAGAUGAUAUCAACGCGUUCUCCGUUCCCUGUUCCUGUAACUCGACUAAACACAUCACGUCUGGCCUCGUUCAACGCAAGGCGGAGAAAAAACCAGGUAAAUACUAUAAUACUUAUUAUCCCAAUGUAAUCACCGAAAUCGUUGAUCCAAAACACUUUGGCCAUGCAGUUUUAGUGAAAGAUAAAGUUGUGCUGUUCUUCCUACAGGUCUGGUAAGAGCCACCGUUUUCCAGUCUUACCACAGGGGAAACCGUAGUCUACUUGGAGAAACCUGCUGUGUUUGCUAUAGCCAAACUGAAAGCUUUCUUCUCACAUCCGACUAAGACGAUGCAGUACCAUCAUAGUACUUCAGCCAGGCCCGCCCGCUUCAAAUAGAGGCCCUGCUUUGCAGGCUACCAUAGAAAUGUUCCUGAAUUGUUCUAUUCUGUUUUUCAGCACGAAGUCACUAAUAUCCGACCUUUACUUCUAACUGAGAAGGGAGAAUCAAAUGUAUGAUAAUAUAGGUGAGUUUAAAAAUUUUACUUCUCAUGUUACUGAAACACUAUUGGCACAGAUCACAUGAGUACCUGAGUUUAUCACAGAUUCAGCUUCAUAAUUCCGCUUCGUUAAGGCUUGGGCAAACUAGAAAACAAUGUUUUCUAGAAACUAGAAUGUUUUCUGGAAACUAGAAACAAUGUUUUCUAGAAACUAGAAUGUUUUCUGGAAACUAGAAAACAAUGUUUUCUAGAAACUAGAAUGUUUUCUGGAAACUAGAAAACAAUGUUUUCUGGUUUGUCUACCUUCGGGAAGCAUGGCUAGGAAACAAUGUUUCCUUAGGAAACAUGGCUAGGAAACAAUGCUUCCUGGUUUGCCCACCUUCCAGGUUUGCCCUUUCUGGUUGCCCACCUUUGGGAGAUAUGACUUGAGAGAGACACAAUGUUUCCGAUUAAUAUCUGGAAACAAUGUUUCCUGGUUUGACCACCUUUGGGGAAACAUGGCUAGGAAAGUCAGGAAACAAUGACUACUAUAUCACUAAUUUGCAAAUUUUUUUUUUCAGUUUCACCUAUUCGAAUUGUCUACCAUGACGUCAAAACAGUUGUACAAAGAUGUUUUUACAAGUUAUUUAUCAAAGAGAACCCUAUAAAUAGCGAUUUGUGUUCAAAGAUUAUUUAUUACCAUUUAAAUUUUUAUAUUAUUAAUAUUCCGUCUUUGGCGCCAAAACGUUCAUAACAUAUUCAAUUUUCUAAAGAAUAUAAAUUGUACAUAAAUAAUACAAAGAUUUAUUUUUCUAUAUAAAGUAUUAAGAGAGUAUGUGUUCAAACAAAUUGUGUUGUGUGUAUGUUGUUGCUCGAAUUCCCUGUAGUGCUGUUUUAUACUCUAUUAAAGGCUGGC